UCAGCACGCACAGCGCGCCACACACGCGCACGCUUGUAAUGAACGGCGCUCACGAGUCAUCGGCUCAGAGAGCGUGAACACAAAUGCAGUCUUUAUAUUUAUGGUAGAAAAAGCCAACACGGGACUCGGGCUGAGUGAUGAGGCUCGAUCGCAUCCUUCCAUUACGCACCGGAGGUCUCAUAUGGCCGCUCUAAGCAGCGUUUUUUGGCACCGUGGUGGACCGGGAAGACCUUCGGUGACACACGAGGACCACACGGACCCAUAUGUAGAAUUUACUACUUCGUCUGCCAACUUAUUUCCCUUAAUGGCGUCAAAUUGUCGCUAUUGCUGCUGUUCCAACACUACACAUGUCGGACCGUGCUUUUGGGUUCCGACGAGCAGGAAGUUCCGGACGCCCUCACGCUAAGUUUUUUGUUUGUUUGUUUGGUUGUUUUUUUUUUUUUUUUUACUUUGAUUGUUUUCAAGUCCCACUGAAAAGCGGGAGCAACACUUCCACCAUGGUCGCCGUGCCCUGAAGGGAGAUGGGUUUCGAGGGGAGGGAGCUGAACGGCUCAACUUGUUUGUCCGGGAAUGAGAACGGCACCGGACUGAGUGCCUCGUCCGGACUGUCCACUGCGCUGGCCAGCGUGCUGAUCUUUACGAUCGUGGUCGACAUCCUGGGCAACGUUCUCGUCAUCCUGUCCGUGUACAGGAAUAAAAAGCUUUGGAAUGCAGGCAACAUCUUUGUGGUGAGUCUGUCUGUUGCGGAUCUGGUGGUGGCACUGUACCCCUACCCUCUAGUCCUGACAGCCAUCUUCCAUGAUGACUGGACCAUGGGGGACCUGCACUGUCAGGCAAGUGGCUUCAUCAUGGGCAUCAGCGUCAUCGGCUCCAUCUUCAACAUCACGGCUAUUGCCAUCAACCGCUACUGCUACAUCUGCCACAGCCUGCAAUACGACCGCGUGUUCAGCCUGAGGAACACCUGCUGCUACCUGGGGCUGACCUGGGCUUUCACCGCCAUCGCCACGGUGCCCAAUUUCUUUGUGGGCUCGCUGCAGUACGAUCCUCGCAUCUACUCCUGCACUUUCGCUCAGACUGUUAGCUCAUACUACACCGUCUCAGUGGUGGUCAUCCACUUCCUGAUCCCGCUACUGGUGGUGUCCUACUGCUACUUGAGGAUAUGGGUCCGAGUGAUCCAAGUGAAGCACCGGGUGAAACCGGAGCAAAGGGCCAAACUAAAACCAAGCGACGUGAGGAACUUUCUGACUAUGUUUAUGGUGUUUGUGCUGUUUGCAGUUUGCUGGGCGCCAUUGAACUUCAUAGGCUUGGCGGUGGCAAUAAACCCGGCGAAAGUCGCACCCAGCAUACCCCAGUGGCUCUUUGUCACCAGCUACUUCAUGGCGUACUUCAACAGCUGCCUCAACGCCAUCAUAUACGGACUACUCAACCAAAACUUUCGAAAAGAAUACAAGACAAUUCUCCUUGCUGUGUGUGUCCCACGUUUGCUCCUGGUGGAAACCUCCCGAUGUGCCACAGAGGGUCUCAAGAGCAAACCCUCAGUUGCUGCAACUAACAAUAAUGUAGCGGAGAUAAAUGUAUAGUUGAAAUGUCAUCCCGAGGAAAAUCCGGAAUGUUGUGUUCCACCAGUGCCUUUUGACAUGGCAUGCAUCAUUUCCAAGUAGUCCCUCCAUCCAUUUUCUACGGCACUUGUCCUGUUCACGGUCACAACAGGCGAACCAAAGACAGACUCAUCCCUGGACUGUUGGUCAGUUACGGACACGGUGUUUGUCGGAAUGAAUCCAUAACUCUACAGCAUGUGCACCAUUACAUAAGCAGUGAUGCAUUUAUAUCACAAUUUGCAGAGUUCAACUCUUUUUGCCAGCCUUCACCGCACCCAAAAAAUUAUAAGCUGUGCUGGCAUAUUGCCCAACGUCUGGAAAACAAUGUCAGUUUUUGUUUUUUGUUUUAAGCCCAUCUCCGCAUUUCCACAUCACGUGUGCUACUGACUCACUGCAUCUCUUGGUCAGAUCCAUUAUGAACAUGUCAGCAAAUAAAAA